AUGGAUAUUUCAUUUACAAAGCAUUUUCUCCGGGUAAGGGAGGCUCUGGGGUGGCCCAGUGGAUUCCUCGCUGGGAGGUCACCCCCAGCCUUGGGUCGGUUCCACCUCCUUCGGAGCUUACCAUUGUGAUUGCCUGCGGGGUAAACAAAGGGCCCUUCAUGGAACUGUUUCCGAUGCUUCUGGCCUGCAUUCCUUUUGUCCCCCCCCACCCCCCUUCCAGGAAGAGCACGCUUGGGGUUUGUCAUUCCGUCUAGAAAAGAGGCUCAGAGGGCCUGGUGGGAGGGAGAGUGGCUGGGACCUAGUGGAGGAACCUUUCCUCUGUCCCACACACCCUCUGACUACCCCCAUCCCACUCCACCCAACACCUGGGCAUCGCUGUAUGCAGUAGGUUCGCAUCAAUGGGUAGUUAUAUCCCCACACAUACAAUGGGACACUGGUUUGGCAACGGCUCUGUUCUGUGAUCGGCAGAGAUAAGCAGACGGAAGAUGGAGGAGGUCAUUGCCGGGCUGCAAGGGUUCACGUUCGCCUUUGAGCUGGAUGUGGAAUCGCAGAAGGGCACUGGGCUACUGCCUUUCCAGGGCAUGGACAGUGAGUGGCGAUGCCUGUGUCCCCUGCUCAGGUCCUGGAGGUGCUGUGCGUCUCUCCCACACAGCUUCUGGGUAUUCACUGCCCGGGAUAGAAAGGCAGACUUCCGAGCUGCCAGAGCUCCCUGGGUGCCCCCGAAACCUUCCACCUCCUGCCUCAGAGAGUCCAGUUCAGCUGUGUGCAACUUCUUCGCUAAAGGGCUCUGUGUGAAAGGGAUGCUAUGCCCACUCCGGCACGAGCAGGGUGAGAAGCUGGUGGUGUGCAAACACUGGCUUCGAGGCCUCUGCCGGAAGAGUGAUUGCUGCGACUUCCUGCACCAGUAUGACGUCAGCAAGAUGCCCGUGUGCUAUUUCCACUCCAAGUUCGGGAACUGCAGCAACAAGGAAUGCCUGUUCCUGCACUUGAAGCCAGUUCUCAAGCUCCAGGACUGCCCGUGGUAUAACCAAGGGUUCUGCAAGGAAGUAGGUCCCCUGUGUAAAUACCGCCAUGUUCAUCAAGUACUGUGUCCCAACUACUUCACCGGCUUCUGCCCCGAGGGACCUCAGUGCCAAUUUGGGCACCCUAAGAUGAGUCCUCCGUUCCAUCCCAGUAAUGUGAAGCUGCAGCCUGUCAACCAGCCAUGGGAUUCAACAACUUCUACUGGCAACACUCUGGUGUCCCCUUUCCAGGCAAAGCCCAUGGUCCACGGUCAGAGGAGGUGGAGUCUGCCUCAGGCCUGCAGCUCAAGGGCACACCCUGCACCUUAGGCCACCAUGCCAGCAAAGUAAGCUGUACCCGUUGGAGCCAUCAAAACCUAGUCUGAAGCGAGGGAGUUGGACGUUCUCCUAGGUAAGGGCUGGCUCCAUGGCCUCCUCAGGGUAUUCUGUACCCAGUGGUCCAGUGAGCUCCAUCACGGUAAUGAGAUGCAGGAUGCAGAAAGAGCCUCCUCUACCUGGCUUAUUUCCAUUUAUCCUGCACAUGCCCGAGAUGCCAAUCAUACAGCAGGAUACGAGGUCAGCUGACUGUGGAAGGGAGGAGUCAUUCAUGAGCCAGGAGAACAAAGUGCACUUGAAGCUGUGAACUCUACAGAGUCAGUCAGUCAACAUCCCAUGCUUGGCUCCCACGCUCCCGCAGACUGCUAUGGGUCAACGGCCUCAAGUGCUCCCAAAAACGGGCAAUCCGAUCCAACGAUUGCUUUUACUUUGACAGCUGUUUGCCUGUACAGCUUAUUUAUACUCGAGAAUAUACUGUGUGUUCUGUGUA